AUGCCUCCUUUUACCGUGGGCAACUACCUUGCUGAGAGGUUGGUUCAGAUCGGCAUUCGUCACCAUUUCAUUGUCCCAGGAGACUACAAUCUCAUUCUUCUCGAUAAGCUCGAAGCUCAUCCAUCUCUGACAGAAGUUGGAUGUACAAAUGAGCUUAACUGCUCUCUAGCCGCUGAAGGGUACAGCCGUGGCAAAGGAGUUGGCGUUUGUGUUGUCACCUUUAGUGUGGGUGCUUUCUCUGCUUUCAAUGGCAUAGGCAGUGCAUACGCAGAGGAUCUUCCUCUCAUAGUUGUCAGCGGAGCUCCAAACACAAACUAUGCUGGUCAAAAGCUACUUCACCACACCCUUGGUGAAUGUGAUAAUUCUUACCAGCUGCAAAUGGUCAGGCAUAUCACAUGUUAUGCUGCGAGUAUACGCCAUGCCGAACAAGCUCCAGAGAUUAUCGAUAACGCCAUUCUGUCGGCUCUGACACGGCGUAAGCCCGUCUACAUUGAGAUACCGACUAAUUUGGCUGGCGAGACUUGCAUGCAUCCCGGACCGAUUAGCGCCAUUACCAAAAGACUUGUUAGUGAUGAGCAUGCGCUGAAUUUCGCCGUUUCCAAGGUCUCCGAAUACUUGGAGGGAAAGCAGAAAUGCGUGGUUGUGGUCGGUCCUAAGGUACGAAGGGCGAGGGCGCAAGAAGCUCUACUUCAGCUAUCAGAAGCCAUCGGAUGCGCCGUCGUUCUUCAGCCAGCAGCAAAAGGAUCGUUUCCAGAGGAUCACACCCAAUUUGCCGGGAUAUUCUGGGGUCAGGUCAGCACGCUAGGGGCAGACACCAUCGUCAACUGGGCGGAUGUUCUUCUUUGUAUCGGGACGGUCUUUACCGAUUAUAGCACGGUUGGUUGGACAGCUCUACCGAGCGUUCCACAGAUCAUUGUCGACAUGCACAGUGUAUCUGUAGCCACGCGCUUUUAUACUAGCGGUCUUCAGCUAUCCGACUUCUUGCUCAGACUCGCAGAGACAGUAUGCUGGAAUGAUAUUACCAUGGUUGAGUAUAAUAGGUUGCGCCCUGAUACUCAGACGGUGCAGAAGCCACAUGGACCAGAGAGAUUGACUAGAAAAGAAAUCUCUCGCCAGACUCAGCUUCUGCUGGACUCUGACACGACGGUCUUUGCAGAUACCGGCGAUUCGUGGUUUAACGGCCUUCAAUUAAACCUCACACACGGUGCGGAAUUUGAAAUCGAAAUGCAAUGGGGUCAUAUCGGAUGGUCUAUACCAGCAUCGUUUGGCUACGCACUGGCGAGACCACAGCAACAAACCAUCGUCCUAGUAGGCGAUGGUGCGUUUCAAGUGACUGGUCAAGAGGUCUCGCAGAUGGUCCGAUUCCAUCUUCCAAUCAUCAUACUAUUAAUGAACAAUAAAGGGUACACAAUUGAGGUGGAGAUUCAUGACGGACUGUACAAUCGUAUACAGGAUUGGAAUUAUGCGUGGUUCGUUGAAGCUUUCAAUUCAGAGGGUGGAGAAGGGAAAGCACUCGGUCUACAAGCACGGACUCCCGCAGAACUUUCUGAGUGUCUUCAAAGAGCCUUGGGGCACAAGAUUGGGCCUACACUUAUCGACUGUAGCAUACACCGUGAUGAUUGUAGCAGGGAGCUGAUUACUUGGGGGCACUUUGUUGCAGCUGCCAAUAGCCGUGUUCCAAGAAGGGAGGAUUAA